UGGACACAUCCACCUUCACCAACAUGCGCACCACGUUUUACGCACGGGACAUAUCGCUUCUUCACACCGCUCCGUGAAACAUGACAAGUCUGGGGCUGGAUCUUUACCAGUUUAAAGUCGCAACACGGACUAUCACGAACACGUCUGCACGGUUUGGUUCCAUUCCGGCUCAGAGGCACCUCCAGAACAGACGCUGCGCCAGUCCGCCGGGUCCGCAACCAUGUCGUCCGGACUCAUGCCCUCAUCCAGGUCCCUGUACAUCAUCAUGGAGGUGGUCAUCGCCGUGUCCUCGGUCGUGGGGAACGUCAUGGUGGUGUGGGCCGUGCGUAUUAACCGCUCGCUGAGGGACACCACGUUUUGCUUCAUCGUGUCACUCGCGCUGGCUGACAUCGCCGUGGGAGCGCUCGUGAUCCCGCUCGCCAUCACCAUCAGCAUCGGGCUCCAGACGCACUUCUACAGCUGUCUGCUGUUCGCGUGCGCCGUGCUCGUGCUCACGCAGAGCUCCAUCCUCGCGCUGCUCGCCAUCGCCGUGGACCGGUACCUGCGCGUGAAGAUCCCGAUGAGUUACAAGCGUGUAGUGACCGCUCGCCGUGCAGGGAUCGCCGUUCUCCUGAGCUGGCUCGUGUCCUUCGUGGUGGGACUGACCCCGAUGUUCGGCUGGAAUAACCUCCAUCAGCUCCAACAAAAUGGCUCCCUCCUCUCACCCUCCGACAUCUCCACGACCUCUGACCUCCCCGCCACCUCCCGUGACCUCGUGGUGACCUGCGAGUUCGAGACGGUCAUCAGUAUGGACUACAUGGUGUACUUUAACUUCUUCGGCUGGGUCAUGCUCCCCCUGCUGCUCAUGCUGGGGAUUUACGUGGAGAUCUUUUACAUGAUUCACAGACAGCUCAACAAGAAGGUGAUGUCGAGUCACUCUGAUCCACGGCGAUACUUCGGUAAAGAGCUGAAACUGGCCAAAUCCCUGGCUCUGGUUUUGUUUCUGUUCGCUGUGAGCUGGCUGCCCCUCCACAUCCUCAACUGUAUCACACUGUUCUGCCCGUCCUGCGACUCUCCCGCCGACCUCAUCUACGUAGCCAUCUUGCUAAGUCACGCUAACUCCGCAGUCAACCCCGUCGUCUACGCUUUCCGCAUCAACAAGUUCAGAACGGCCUUCCGGAAGAUCUGGCAACAGUACGUCCUGUGCUAUGACCCUGUGGGGCGGCUCCCGCAGAGAGGGAGCCAGAGGAGCCGCAGAGAGACCCGGCUAAAGCAGAACGAUGACGACGACGACGUGUGAUGGUUAGCAACGUUAGCCACAAACUGCUUAUGCCAAUGG